GCUGAGGAAAGAUGGCGGCGCCCGUGGCUCCAUCCGAACCCCAGGCUUCCCGGGCUCCUCAGCCCCCCGUGUGUCUGUUGGUGUUGGGAAUGGCGGGAUCCGGGAAAACUACCUUUGUACAGAGGCUCACAGGACACCUGCACAACAAAGGCUGUCCACCGUAUGUAAUCAACCUGGACCCAGCUGUGCAUGAAGUCCCCUUUCCCGCCAAUAUUGAUAUCCGAGACACAGUGAAAUAUAAAGAAGUCAUGAAGCAAUAUGGACUUGGGCCAAACGGAGGUAUAGUGACCUCACUCAACCUCUUUGCUACCAGAUUUGAUCAGGUGAUGAAAUUUAUUGAGAAGGCCCAGAACACAUUCAGAUAUGUCUUGAUUGACACACCUGGACAGAUUGAAGUAUUUACCUGGUCAGCUUCAGGGACAAUCAUCACUGAGGCCCUGGCUUCCUCAUUUCCAACAGUAGUCAUCUAUGUCAUGGAUACAUCACGGAGCACUAACCCAGUGACCUUCAUGUCCAAUAUGCUUUACGCAUGCAGCAUCUUGUACAAAACCAAGCUGCCUUUCAUUGUGGUCAUGAACAAAACCGACAUCAUUGACCACAGCUUUGCCGUGGAGUGGAUGCAGGAUUUUGAGGCUUUCCAGGAUGCCUUGAACCAAGAGACUACCUACGUCAGUAACCUGACUCGUUCCAUGAGCCUGGUGUUGGAUGAGUUCUACAGCUCACUCAGGGUGGUGGGUGUGUCUGCUGUGGUGGGCACCGGCUUCGAUGAACUCUGUACUCAGGUCACCAGUGCUGCAGAGGAGUACGAAAGGGAAUAUCGUCCUGAAUACGAGCGUCUGAAGAAAUCACUGGCAAAUGCCCAGAGUAAUCAGCAGAAGGAGCAACUGGAGCGUCUUCGGAAGGAUAUGGGCUCCGUAGCCCUGGAUCCAGAGGCCGGCAAAGGCAACGCAUCUCCUGUGCUGGAUCCUUCUGACUUGAUCCUGACUCGAGGAACCUUGGAUGAGGAGGAUGAAGAAGCUGACAGUGACACGGAUGACAUUGACCACAGAGUUACAGAGGAAAGCCGUGAAGAGCCAGCAUUUCAGAACUUCAUGGAGGAGUCAAUGGCACACUGGAAGAGGAACAAGUAGGCCCUCCCACCUGCUGUACAGCUCUGAUGUGCUGAGUCUCCAUGCAGAGGACAUCCUUCCUGUGAACCAGGGCUGCAGUCAAGAGCAGUUUUCUCCCAAAUGGUGACUUCUCUGAGGGAAACUGGGCUUAGAUGAAGUCUGGUUGAAGGCGGAGCUGGCAGGUGGAUGCCCAUUCUUGGGUAGCUCCUCCCGAUAUUUAUGCAAGGAUGUAUUCUCACCGCUCUGGAAGCUGAGAGAUAGCUGCUGAGCCUAUAACUUCAAGUAUCAUCGUUUGAACUCAAGUAUUUCUGCUGCUGAUGGACAGAGAGGACGUCUGUCCCAGAGACGCUUUGGACCUUGACUAGCUGGGUCUGUGGGCACAGCAGGAUGGAAAGGAGAGUGUGUGUGUACAGAGGGCAGCACAGUGCCCUGGGCAGCCAGGUCGGAUGUGAUCUGUGCUCACACGAGGUAGCCCAUUUUCAAGAAUACUGUUAGGAUGGUGACUUGGAUAAAGAUUUUGACUUUAACUUUGUGGUAAGCUUUCCUGUCAUGGUUUGAUAUUAGAAAGUAUGUGAUCACUAAUAGAUUUCCCACUAUUAGUUAUGACCAAGCCUUAAAGACAUGUCUGGUAGGAUAUAAUGCAUAGUAGGUUAGUUUCCCAUGUCUAUCCACCUAACCAUGGCCAAAAUCAUGUCCUUAUAUUGUACUUAGAACAAUACAAAGCAUUGUUUGUGACCAGGAUUUGGUCCAUUCCGUCCAUUCAGAGCUAGGAUUUGCCCUGGUUCUCAGGAGUGUAGUAAAAUCACGAGCCAGGCAGUUCUUAUGGAUACACCUCCAAAUCAGCUUUCCUAGAAACGGGGUCGGGGGUGGGGACGCAGCAGGCUGGCUCAUAAGCCUUCCAGGUGACUGCUUUGCUCUUUGCAGAACUGUUUCAGGUCAGCCUGUGACUGAACCCCAGGGCAGGUGACUCAGCCACCCAGUCCUCCUAACGCGCCUUCUCCGGCUUCUUGCCCGGCUUCACAUGGUGCCUUCUCUCCAGGGUUACUUCAAAGCAACACAGAAUUAAAUCUUACCAUUAACUAUUUAAUAUUCCAUAGCUGGUGGGAAAUGCUGAUCUAAAGAGCCUCACCUUUUUCUUUUCUUUUUUAAAGACCUUUCUGCCAGGUUUCAUGGUGGCUGUCUUUAAUCCCAGCAUGUGGGAGGCAGAGACAGGUGAGCUCGAGACCUGUCAGGGUGACAUACAGAGUGAGACUAUGUCUUAAAAAAGAAGACACCUCUGGCUGGGCGUGGUGGCGCACGCCUUUAAUCCCAGUACUUGGGAGGCAGAGGCAGGUGGAUUUCUGAGUUCAAGGCCAGCCUGGUCUACAAAGUGAGCUCCAGGACAGCCAGGGCUACACAGAGAAACCCUGUCUCGGAAAACCAAAAAAAAAAAAAAAUGAAGACACCUCUGCCUCCUGAGUGUGGGACCUAUAGGACUGGGCUAUCAUGCUUGACCUAUUCUUUAAGGGGGAACCAUACACAGAGCGGAACUGACAUGCUCAGCUCUUUUCCGUGGUGCCCUUUCCUUUUCUUUCUUAAAAUGUUACCUCUCUCUCUCCUGCUGGCAGCUCUCUAAGGGUCUUGUCUUUACAUCACUUGUACAAGACCUAGUAUAUGAUGUGGGGAAACUAAUUAAUGUUGCAGACUAGAAUAUCUGGGUAGCUCUUCUGAGCUCUGAGCAAAAUGGAGAACUCCCUUUACCAGCAGCCUGUGGAGCCCAACACCCCUACCCCCUCUACUUGGGAAAGGCAACUUCCUCUUUCUGGAUAAGAACCCGCCCAAAAGUACCUGGCAUUCAUGGACUACUUCUCCAUACAAAUGAGGCAUUCACAGUACUUUAAACUCUAGCCAAUGAUUUUACAAUCACCCUGGAAACUCCUUCCCACUCUCCAUGGUUCAUAUAUAUCCCUUGUCCUUCCUGAAUAAAGUCCACAAGCCCACCCCAAUAAAGGUGUGUGCACCAGCUGUUUCACCGAA